AUGUUUCAGAAGAUUGAUGGUGUAGAUGUAUGCCUCUUUGCAAUGUAUGUUCAGGAAUUUGGCUCAGAAUGUGACUAUCCCAAUCAACGUUCUGUAUAUAUAUCAUAUCUUGAUUCGGUUAAGUAUUUUACGCCUGAAGUACAAACCUCAACCAGUGAAACUCUUCGUACCUUUAUUUAUCAUGAGAUACUGAUCGGAUAUCUUGAUUAUUGCAAAAAGCGAGGUUUCACAACUUGUUAUUUAUGGUCUUGUCCAUCUAAUAAGGGGGAAGAUUAUAUACUGUAUUGUCAUCCUAGAACUCAAAAAUCUCCGAAGCAUGAUCAAUUACGACAUUGGUAUCAUUCAAUGCUAAAGAAGGCAGCUGAAGAAAAUAUAGUUGUUGGUUUAACAAAUAUGUAUGAUCAUUUCUUUCUUUCAACUGGAAAACGUGGAUCCAAGGUAACAGCUGCUCGUUUGCCUUACUUUGAUGGGGAUUUUUGGUCUAGUACCGCAAUGGAUAAAGCCAAGAAGAUUGAAAAAAUUACCAGAGGAGACAAUGAAAAGAUAUUAAAACUAAGUGUGGAAAACGAUGGCUUUGCACUGAAUGCAAGAUAUUUCAAGAGUGUGAAAGGCGAGAAGCAUAAACGUUGCCAGGUCCUCGUGAAAGACAUCCUUCGUGAUACUACUAAGGAGAAAGAUAUCAUCCUUGAUAAUGGGUUAUUCAAUAGCAGAUAUAACUUUCUUAGCUUUUGUCAGAGGAAUAGGUUUCAAUUUGAUUCACUUCGCCGAGCCAAGUAUUCCUCAAUGAUGAUCCUCCAUUAUCUAAGCGACCCUACUUCUUUGGUGGAACAAUAUGUCGUGUUUGCUGUAAGCGCAUUGUUAACCAACGUUAUUGGAGAUGUGAGAAUUGCCCUCAGUUCACUGUUUGCUCUACAUGCCAUAAUGCCAGAGGAACUACAGGAUGUUAUAAAGCAUGCAUCUCAAUGUGCACUGUUCGAGUUUCUGGAGGAUGCCAAGUUUGUAAGAAGGGAUUUGAAGAAGCAAUCAGAAUGGCUUGCAACACAAUGUGAAUCACGACGUAGAGCUGCAAUUUUGGAAGACAAGAAAGUGAUCACGGUUGAUUAA